AUGACUUGGAUUAGUUGGUCCUUCAUCUGUAAGCCAAAGACUCAUGGUGGUAUUGGUAUCAAGAACAUUGGUGUUUUCAACAUUGCCUUGUUGCCGAAGUGGUUGUGGAGAUUCAUUAAAGAACCUUCUGCUUUAUGGAAGACGUUCCUUGAGGCCAGAUAUGAUUCUCUUAAGAGCAAGGUUAUGUUAAAGAAGGAGCUUAGGGACUCAAAAUCAUAUUCAUUAUGGUGGAGGGACAUUAUGAGGGUGGGAGAUGUAAUGGAAGAAAAAGGUUUUACAAGGAAGGUAUCGUGUAAGCUUGGGGAAGGAAAGUUUGUUUCUUUUGGAACUCUUGUUGGAUUGGGCAAUUACCUCUCAUGCGCGCUUAUCUAG